AUGGCUGAGUUCAGUGGCUUUGGUGUAGCUCAGGAACCAAUUUAUAAUAUUGAUAGUGAUGAGUUUGAGGGUGAACUUGAGGCUGAAAGUGUUGAGGUACAAGGUGAUGUGAAUGUCGAAGAUGGGGUUAAUGUCGAAGUCGAAGAUGGAGUAAAUGUGAUUCCCUCUUCGAGUAGUGCUCCGUUGGAGCCAUUCAUUGGUAUGGUAUUUGAGGAGGUCGAAGAUGCCCAAGCAUUUUAUAAGGCAUAUGCAAGGCGACAAGGAUUUGCAAUCCGGACAAAUCAUACUCGAUUGUCGAAAGAUGAUAAAACUCGUUGUGCAGUAGACUAUGUUUGCACAAGAGAAGGAUUUCGGCGCGUUAGUAGGAAAGACACCGAUCGAAUAAUGCCUGAACCUGCUGAGACAAAAAUUGGAUGUAAAGCAAUAAUGGGAAUAAAGAAAGAUGGUGAAAAGUGGAUAGUCAACAAGUUUGUGGUUGGACAUAAUCAUAUUUUGCUUACACCGAGAAGUACUAGUUUCCUUCGUGGACAUAGGGGAGUUAGUAAAGUACAAAAGAAACUUAUUAUGACCUUGAAUGAGUCUGGUGUACCGACAAGGAAGAUAAUGUCGGUAUUGAGUAAAAAUUCAGGUGGUGACUUUAAUGUUGGUUGUAUUGGGAAGGAUGUAGAAAAUUAUUUGGGAAGCCAAAGGAGAAAAAUAUUUGAAGAAGGUGAUGCACAAAGGCUAUAUUCCUACUUUCUUGAUCGACAAAACAAAGAACCUGGGUUUGUGUUCUCCAUGCAAGUUGAUAACGAUGGGUGUAUGGGAAGUUGUUUUUGGGCUAAUGCGAGAUCAAGAGCUGCAUACCAAUAUUUUGGGGAUGUUGUUACAUUUGAUGCCACUUACUUGACCAAUAUUUAUAAGAUGCCAUUUGUGCCAUUUUCUAGAGUUAAUCAUCAUCAUCAGACUAUAAUUAGUUAA